AUGGAGGAGAGGCCGGAGAUGGAGCUGAUAUCGAUACCGGCGACACCACGGGUUUCCACGCCGGAAAUACAGACACCGUCAGGGCAGAGGUCGCCGAGACCAAUGUCGAAGGAAGGUGGGAAGUCGUCGACGGCGUGGACACCGACGUCGUUUAUAUCACCGAGGUUUUUGAGUCCGAUUGGUACGCCGAUGAAGAGGGUGUUGAUAAACAUGAAAGGGUAUUUAGAAGAAGUGGGUCAUCUAACGAAACUAAACCCACAAGACGCAUGGCUUCCGAUAACGGAGUCCCGGAACGGCAAUGCUCAUUACGCCGCCUUUCAUAACCUCAACGCCGGCGUCGGCUUCCAGGCUCUGGUUUUGCCGGUCGCUUUCUCUUUCCUCGGCUGGAGUUGGGGCAUAGUGUCGUUAAGCAUAGCCUACAUUUGGCAACUAUACACUUUGUGGAUAUUGGUACAACUCCAUGAAGCAGUUCCUGGAAAGAGGUACAAUCGAUAUGUCGAGCUUGCUCAAGCAGCUUUUGGGGAGCGACUCGGGGUGUGGUUAGCUCUCUUCCCUACGGUUUACUUGUCUGCAGGAACCGCGACAGCGUUGAUUCUUAUCGGAGGCGAGACCAUGAAACUCUUCUUCGAGCUUGUUUGUGGGCCACUCUGUACGUCAAAUCCGUUAACCACAGUUGAAUGGUAUCUCGUUUUCACUUUGUUAUGCAUUGUGCUGUCUCAGCUCCCAAACCUCAACUCGAUAGCGGGACUCUCGCUCAUAGGAGCAGUGACUGCGAUAUUUUACUCGACCAUGGUUUGGGUUCUUUCGGUUAGCCAACAGCGCCCGCCCAACAUCGCCUAUGAACCGAUCCCACUGCCUUCGUUUUCGGCCUCCCUCUUUUCUUUCCUCAAUGCUCUUGGUAUCAUUGCCUUUGCAUUUCGAGGCCACAAUCUAGUCCUCGAGAUUCAGUCUACGAUGCCGUCGACGUUCAAGCAUCCGGCUCAUGUCCCAAUGUGGAAAGGAGCGAAGGUCGCGUACUUCUUCAUUGCAAUGUGUCUGUUCCCGGUAGCUAUCGGAGGUUUUUGGGCUUACGGAAACCUCAUGCCAUCGGGAGGGAUUCUGAACGCGCUAUUCGCAUUCCAUAGUCACGAUAUUUCAAGAGGGCUGCUCGCAGUGACGUUCCUACUGGUUGUUUUUAGCUGUUUGAGUGGCUUUCAGAUAUACUCGAUGCCAGUUUUUGACAGUUUUGAAGCCAGCUACACAAGCCGCACGAACCGACCAUGCUCGGUGUGGGUUCGGUCCGGAUUCCGAGUGGUUUACGGGUUUAUCAAUUUCUUCAUAGGCGUAGCACUCCCUUUCCUAGCCAGCCUAGCCGGUUUGUUAGGAGGGCUAACCCUUCCGGUCACGUUUGCAUACCCGUGUUUCAUGUGGGUUCUCAUCAAGAAACCUGUAAAAUAUAGCUUCAAUUGGUACUUCAAUUGGACACUGGGUUGGCUCGGCAUCGCCUUCAGUUUGGCGUUUUCGAUUGGUGGCAUUUGGAGCAUGGUUAAUAGCGGACUCAAGCUCAAAUUCUUCAAACCGAACUAACGGUCGAUCUUCGGUAAUUGGGUUAGAGAACCAAGUGUUAUGUGAAAGUAAGUUCUCCGAAUGCUUUUUGUAUGAAUUGGUAUAUGCAGCAUUUUUUUCUUUCAUAUAAAACGUAUGUCAUAUGGUAUAUGCUUCAAAUCGUUAAGCCGUUUGUACUGAAA